GAAUUUAACAAAAGAGCCUAUAGCUUUUGAAGCAGCUGUUGCGCACUCUGAAGAGAUCAAAACAAACACCACGUGCAGCCGACAUUUGCAACAAGCAAGGCAGAUUCUCUAAUUUUUGUUUUCGUCAGCUGUUUCUAUCACAAACGCCUCAAGAUGGGUAUGGUACAGAAGCGCAAGAAGAUGCACUAUGGCGAUACGCACCUUCAGCGUCGCUGGCGUGUGCGUAACCGGCGCAGAGAUUUGGACCAGAUCGACGAGGAUAUGCGCACACGCAGCGGAGAGCUGAUCAACCAAAGCGUUGACCUGGAUAAGCCGGGCUUUGCACAGUUCUACUGCGUCCAUUGUGCCAAGUACUUUAUCGACGAUAGAUCCAUGCAGGCGCACUUCCGCACCAAGGUGCACAAGCGGCGUCUCAAGGCACUCGAAACGGAGCCAUACAGCAUUGAGGAAUCGGAACGGGCGGCUGGCCGCGGCAGCUUUAAGCAGCCCAAAAAGCGCGUCAUUGAGACACAGCCCAGCAAGGAGGAGGCCAAGGCUGGCAAACGUAUCAAAAUUGAGGAGAAACCCGAAGACAGUAAUGACAUGGAAGAGGAUGCGCCCACAACGUCCGCGAAAAAGACACGAAAAAGAGCAAAGAAAGCGGAGACCUGAACCUGAAUGGCAAAUAAUAGGAAGACUUAAGGAUCUACUAGCUCGAUAGAUAAGUCUUUA